AUGAACCUCCUCACGUCGACAAAUAGCCUUGUGGAGAUGUAUCUCAUCGAACACGGAUGGAAGAACAAUGGAGACUGGCAAAGCUUAAUCAAUCUCAUUCAGCCACACGCGAAUCAUGUCAACGCCUCGUCGCACAGCGAGCAAUCGAAGGACUGCACGGAGAUUGACCUCGGUAAUCUCCGUCUCCAUGGGGAGGAAGUUGGCGCCUCCUUGAUUCCAUUCCACCCACAUCUUGGUGAUGGUUCGUUCUCCCUGCUCCAAGUAGAACUCUGGAAUAUUGGGGCGCAAGCUCUGGUAGAAGCCGGCGGCGAGAACCUCAAAGGAUUCAAUGUUCUCAUCCGCUAG